AUGGUCUUGUUUAUAGUGCGAGUUAUACAAAGCUUUAAAAAAUGCCAAAUAGAUGUGUUGCUGGCGGCUGUUCCAACUUUGCUAAUGUGGAAAAAGGGAUCGUACUCCAUGGCAUCCCUUUCUCAAACGAUGAAAGGCCAGAGGCCAAGAAAAGAAGACGAAAAUGGGUCGAUUUCGUGAAGCAGAAGAGAGCUCAAUGGGAACCCACCAGAAAUUCGGCUUUGUGCUCUCUCCACUUCAAACCAGAGGAUUUUCAAAGACUUUUCACUAUACCAGAUGCCCUGACAAAUCGCCCAAUCAUUCCUCGACUGAUAACGGAUGAUAUUGGUGUUUCAGUCUUUCCUAGCGUUCAUGCAAAGUCCUUGACUUUGACAAGUGAGGUUACGGAGGCUCAGGCGAGCCGAAAUCGAAGAAUGUCCCUGAAAAACGCAAAAACGCGAAUGGCAUCACUCGAAGAGGAACGUCAGGAUGGAGAUACAUGUAAUAACGAGGUGGAACGCCUGGAUGAUGCGGACACAAACAUCUUAGCCGAAGCUGAAGACGAAAGUGGAACAGAUGAGCAUCAUUUAUUAAAUACGCGAGAUAGUUUUACUCAAACUGUGGAAGAGGCAAAUGAUGAAUGCCAAAGUUGCGCCAAGCUUCAAAGUCGAAACCGGCAGCUCAGAAACCAGCUCAUAACGGUGAGGUCUAAACUCAACAAGUGUAGAACGGAGAAUAAAUCAACCAAAAGAGCUAUGAAUAACAGUCAUGAAACAGCAACACCAUCUUCACAAAAAUUUGCAAUUUUGAAUCAUGGGGUAGGGGUAGUGAGCAUAAGCUGUGGUAGUGAUGGUAUAAUUGUAAUGAUAUUGUGGUGA